AUGAUGGAGAGGCAAGUGCAAGUGCUGAACAAAAAACCUAAGCACAAGGAAGAUGUUUGUACCAAAAAACCAAUCUUUCAAACUGUGGUGCGAAACUCUGGCAAAGAUGUGACAUCAACCACUUUAGCGAAAACUGCAAGGAUGACUCAGAAUGACAAAGUCACAACAACAUCCAAAAUUAGAGGAAAUGAUGUACGAACAACAAAAAAUGCACAACUACGCCACAGCUCUUUAAAUAGAGAACUUAUUAGACCUGAUGUUAUGCCUUCUGCAAUAAGUUCUCCACGUAAAACUAGGAGAAUGGAUAAAGUGGACAAAGCUGCAUCAUUGAAUAGCUCUCCUAUUCGUAAAGUUCGUCAACUGGGUAUACCAUCACAAAAAGUUAGUAAAGUUGCUGUGAGUUCAACUAAAGAGAGCCCAAAAAAGAAAUGUAAGUCUAAAGAUCCUUUAGUUCCAGAACAAAGUAAUUGGAACCCUGUGGAUGAUGAUGUGACAAUGUAUGAACCGCAUACAACAACGGCAGAUGGCAAUAAAGUUGAUGAUUCAGACUCGGAAACACAAGUUGAGUCUUCUGAACUGUGCCUCCCCAAUGACUGCCUAAAUGACUUUAUAGCUAUAGCUGAAUGCGCCCGUCUAAUAAAUGAAAGGUUGCCUGCUGAUGAUGAGGACAUCAACUUUCUAGCUGACAAAGCAGCCAGAGUUAUGACCACUGAUAAAGUGGAUGAAAAAAAGCUGCCGCGCAAAAAUUCCGUUGACAAGAGGUUAAUGAAACGUAGAAAGUCAAGCAAUGACUUGGAAAUGUAUCAACCUACAUCUACUACUGAUGAUUUAGAUGUGUGCACAGAGUUCUUAGCAACAGGUGAAAAGUAUGUACAGCCAGACUUUGUUACAAUGUUGGAGCAAGACGGCUAUGUGCGCGACUCCGAAUGCGAGAUAUCGUCAACCUGUACUGAUGCACAGGGUACCGCUAUUGAGAGUCUGGAGGCCUUGUCAGCCCGUGGUCCAAGUACUGGUUUCUUGGCUGAGAUAAGUCAGAGCCUUGUAGCAGAAGCAGCAGGCUGGAAUGAGUCUGACAUUGUUACUGAUGAUACUGCAAUGGUCUGCCAUGAUGAACAAGGAGAAAAUGUAGAGGAGGAGGACCUUGACGUGAUAUCAUCGUGCAGCAAUCGCGUGGACUGCGAGCAGAUAUCGCCUUGGGUGGACGCUUUCGAUCCCUACCUCUUCAUAAAACAGCUACCACCGCUGGAGAGUGUGUCCACACGAGCUCUGCGUGCCCGAUGUCCGGCCCUCCCGUUGAAAACCAGGACCAGUCCUGACUUUAGCCUGGUGUUGGAUCUUGAUGAGACAUUGGUCCACUGUUCACUGCAGGAAUUGCCAGAUGCCAGUUUCCACUUUCCUGUAUUGUUCCAGGACUGCAGAUAUACUGUGUUCGUCCGCACGCGGCCCCACUUUGCGGAGUUCCUGACGCGCGUGUCCCGCCUCUACGAGGUGAUCCUGUUCACCGCCAGCAAGCGCGUCUACGCCGACCGCCUGCUCAACUUGCUGGACCCUGCGCGCCGCUGGAUCAAAUACCGCCUUUUCCGUGAGCACUGUCUGCUUGUGAACGGGAACUACGUGAAGGACCUGUCGAUCCUGGGCCGUGACCUUCGCAAGACGAUCAUAGUGGACAACAGUCCGCAGGCUUUCGGCUACCAGCUUGAGAACGGGAUACCAAUAGACAGCUGGUUCGUGGACCAGAGCGACAAUGAGCUGCUGAAGCUGCUACCGUUCCUAGAGCACCUUGCCACUAAGGACGACGUCCGCCCAUACAUAAGGGACAGGUACAAGCUCUUCAGCUACCUGCCACCAGAU